AUCAUUCAAAUCUUAUGACAUUUCAGUUAAAACUGAUAGUUUCUGAAAAUGAUAUAAUUUUUGAUUAUGAUAGUUUUAUAGCAGAUAAAGAAAAUAAUGAGUUAAUUGAAAAUAAUGAAUUUCAAGAAAAGGAUUAUAAUAAUUAA